CUCUGCGUUUGGGAACUCGCUGUUCGAUUCGGCGGGAUCUUUGUGAUCUUUGGUAACUUGUACGGACGGUCCUUUUUAGGGGCAGAAUAAAAAAUGACGGCUUCGAUUGCCGUCCUCCUCCAGUUUCCUUCUCUCACAACUUAUUUGAACCCCUUGUUUCCAGGAUUGUUGUUAGUGUCGAGCAUUGGUAAUAAUCCAGUAGUGAAGCUUGCUUGGAGGAUUGUGAUUGGAUUAUUUGGGGAUGAUGUCUCCAAAACAGCAGAGAAUUCUCUACUCUUUGCACGGGAGAGAAGGGGCUUUGGAUUCAAAGGUUCUGCCUUUCAUAGCGUAAUCAAGGAUUUCAUGAUAAAGGGGGGUGACUUUGACAAAAGGAAAUGUGGAUAGAAUGAAGUUUUGCAUAUGGAUGUGAGAUGACGACUCCCUUUGCCUUUGAGUUUUUUACUCAUUACUUUAAUCUUCAAAAUGCUUCGUGAAUUUCUAUUUUGUUUACACACUCCAUGGAGAAAUUACUUUGAGACUUUUUUUUCAUUGUAUCAAACACAACCAAAUGUGUUAUGUAAUGAAUAACAAAAAUUUCAAUUAUGAGAUAAAACUUUUUAUAUUUUA